UUGAGUAGUGCUUGGCCGUGCUCCUCCUGAGCGCUCCCUGGGAAAGCGACGAUGAUCACAUUCAUGAACAACUCGGACAGCGAGGAGGAGCCCUGCAAUGAGAGAACAUCUCUGAUGUCUGCAGAGAGCCCUCCAGUACCCUCCUACCAGGAUGGCCUACAAGCCUCAGAAGCAGGGGAGGCGCAGGCACAUAGGAAGAGGCGAACAGGUAGCAGCCGUAGCCCUAACAAUAUUGCUGAUGGGGAUACGUCUGACUCGGGUGUUCCAGUGAGAGAAAGCGCCUUGGAAAAUGAAGAGGAGGAACUGACUCUGAAAUAUGGAGCAAAGCAUGUAAUCAUGCUCUUUGUGCCUGUCACCCUUUGUAUGAUUGUUGUCGUCGCCACCAUAAAGUCAGUGCGCUUCUAUACGGAGAAAAACGGGCAGCUAAUCUACACCCCUUUCAGUGAGGAUACCCCUUCUGUGGGCCAGCGUCUCUUGAACUCAGUGUUGAACACCAUCAUAAUGAUCAGCGUCAUCGUUGUAAUGACCGUGUUCCUAGUUCUGCUCUAUAAAUAUCGCUGCUACAAGUUCAUCCAUGGCUGGCUGAUCCUGUCCUCUUUGAUGCUGCUCUUCCUCUUUACCUACAUAUACCUCGGUGAAGUAUUGAAGACAUACAAUGUGGCCAUGGAUUACCCCACUCUGUUCUUAGUCAUCUGGAAUUUUGGAGCUGUCGGAAUGAUUUGCAUACAUUGGAAAGGUCCCUUGCAGCUCCAGCAAGCAUAUCUCAUUAUGAUCAGUGCUCUAAUGGCACUGGUUUUCAUUAAAUACCUACCUGAGUGGUCAGCAUGGGUGAUUCUAGGUGCAAUCUCCAUCUAUGAUCUGAUGGCUGUUCUGUGUCCCAAGGGGCCACUGAGAAUGCUGGUAGAAACCGCACAGGAGAGAAAUGAGCCCAUUUUUCCUGCAUUAAUAUAUUCCUCUGCUAUGAUGUGGACAGUCGGAAUGGCCAAGCCAGACACAGCAGCAAGAGGACCGAGUCAGCAGACAUGGGAUGCAGGUUUGCUUGCAUGUCACCCUUCUAUACAGAGCACUACGAGGAGUCCUGUUCCCACCCGCCCCAUCACUUCUUUUGAGGAGCUCGAGGAGGAGGAAAGGGGUGUGAAGCUGGGCCUCGGAGACUUCAUAUUUUACAGUGUGCUUGUUGGGAAAGCAGCUGCCACAGCUAGUGGGCCCUGUUUUUUAGCCAUUCUUAUAGGUUUAUGCUUAACUCUCUUAUUACUGGCUGUUUUUAAGAAAGCACUGCCUGCUCUUCCCAUCUCCAUCACCUUUGGCUUGGUCUUUUACUUCUCGACAGACAACCUUGUGCGACCAUUCAUGGACACCCUGGCCUUCCACCAGCUGUAUAUUUAGAAGAAG